AUGAGUGAGCCCAACCCCGCGUGGUUUGGUAAUCGUCCCAACCCCGAGUUUCGGGAACCUGGUUGGACCAAUCGGAACUGGCUCAAGUCCCGCUUCCACUUCAACUUUGCCGAGUAUGAUGAGGGGCCCAGUGGCUUCGGCGUCCUGCGCGUCAUGAACGAUGACCUUGUCCAGCCGAAGCGGGGCUUUGGAAUGCAUCCGCAUCGUGACAUGGAGAUUGUCACGUUCAUCAUCCAGGGCAGCUUAACGCACAGGGAUUCCACGGGCACCGACGAGACAAUUGGGCGCGGCGGCGUCCAGUUUAUGACUGCGGGGACAGGGAUUCGACACUCGGAGCACAAUCUGCAGAGCACUGCCUUGCGCUUCGUGCAGUGUUGGGUCGUCCCACGUCGACGAGGCUUGCGACCCAAGUACGGCUCCAUGCUGGGGAAUGCAGAGGCUGAGGGAAUGCGCUGGAACCGGUGGGCCCACGUUGUCUGUGAUGCCGAUGGGGAGCACAAGGCACCUGUGCAGAUUUACCAAGACUGCAAUGUCUUCCUUUUCUGA